UUGGGCUUGUAGUCGGUAUGGGUGUAACAGUGUGAUCAAAUGCCGGGAAUAUGAGAGUUGAUUAAAGGGAAGCACAGGGAGGGGAUGGCGUCGAUUCGCGACAGACGGCACUUCCUUGAUGAUAUCAUUUACGUCUCGGUGUAUCGUAACAUUUCGUAGAAAUUUUUCGCGGAGGCCAUCAAUGAUGUUCGCGCACGUGUUUGAAAAGCACGGACGGUUUUGUGCCGGUUAUCCCUUUGAGGUGAUCGUGACGAUCUUCACUUUGACGGCAUGUAUGCUUAAUAUGGACACAGGAAGUGGACAAGCACGCGAAGAGAACUUAUCUGAUGCAACGUACUGUCGUCACAACAGAUGCGAUACUAUGAAUUUAAAAUCGGCUGAUGUUAUAGUGAUGACAAUAAUACGCUGCUUAGCGGUGCUGUUUACUUAUCAUCAUUUUCGUAAUUUGCAAAAAAUGGGAUCUAAAUAUAUUCUAGGUAUCGCUGGCUUGUUUACCGUGUUCUCUAGCGUUGUGUUCACUUCUAGUGUGGUAAAUUUUAGCCGCAGUGACGUCGCAGACUUGAAAGACGCCUUAUUUUUCUUUCUGCUUCUUAUUGAUCUCACGAAGGCUGCAACAUUAGCGCAAUACGCGCUAAGUUCGCGGAAUCAAGAGGAAGUCAAAGCAAACAUCGCACGCGGCAUGUCUCUACUGGGACCAGGUAUCACUUUAAAUACCCUUGUGGAGACUCUCGUAAUCGGCACAGGAGCCUUAUCAGGCAUGAGAAGACUGGAAAUCCUUUGCACCUUUGCGUGCUUCGGAGUAAUCGUCAACUAUGUCGUCUUUAUGACAUUCUAUCCAGCCUGCUUGUCACUCAUACUUGAGCUUUCUCGCGGGAAUAAUAAUAUGGGCCAAUUGAGCGCGGACAAAAUAUUCAUAAUGCAGCCGUUAAAUGAGGAGGAUCAAAAACCGAAUCCUGUGGUGGAGCGAGUCAAGAUGAUCAUGAUCGCCGGCCUAUUCGUAGUAUAUGCAAACAGCCGAUGGCCCUUUAAGAACGAAAGCGAGGUCACGACGAAAACAACAAUGAUAUACACGAGCUCGAAUACAACCAACGAUUCUGAUACCGGAAACUCCGAGUUAAAUAAACAUCUGAUGACACCUUGGUUAUCAGCUAGCGCGGACAACAUUGUGAUAUUGAUAUUGUUGUUAGCACUGGCGGUAAAAUUCAUUUUCUUCGAGGAUAGAAACGAUAUGGUUGUCAGACAACUAAGAUUCAAGGAAGAAGAGGAAGAGGAAGAGGAGAGGGAGGAGAGGGAGCAGGAGGAAAAAAAGGAGGCGACAGUGGAGGAGAAGAUGGAACUUCUUGAUGGAUCCAAUCUAAACGAUAUAGAUACCACUAUGAACAUAUGGUUACGAGAACGUUUUGGUGUAACAUUACCGACGAUUCAAGAGCAACCGGUCUUCCCUUUGUCUGGUGUGGGUGGUGGAUGGGGUGAUGAAAGUGAUGUGGAAUACGCUGAUAAGGAGAUACAAACUGAAUUGAUAUAUCGUGACGCAAGCGAUUUCGGUGAAAUUGAUUCAUCGCUGAAGAAGUCUGAAGCUCCCAGAAGCGUGGAAGACUGUCUCGAGAUAUAUAAGUCAGAGCUUGGAGCCAGUGCCCUAACGAACGAGGAAGUGAUACAAUUGGUGAAACACAAAAACAUAGCUGCUUAUCAAUUAGAAAAAGCAGUGGGCGACAUGGAGCGCGGUGUCGAUAUUAGGCGUCUCGUCGUGGGUGAUGCUGGCAAGUUCACCGAAGAAAUGAUCGAUUUGCCAUAUAAGCACUAUGAUUACAGCAAGGUACUCGGCGCCUGCUGUGAGAACGUAAUCGGGUACGUACCGAUACCGGUUGGCAUCGUUGGGCCAUUGCUGAUCGAUGGCCAGUUAUAUCAUGUGCCGAUGGCGACGACGGAAGGCUGCCUGGUAGCAUCUACUAAUCGCGGUAGCCGCGCGCUUUUGAAAUGUGGCAUAACCACUCGUGUAACGGCGGAUGGAAUGACCCGAGCGCCCGUGGUACAAUUCCCGGAUAUUGUGCGUGCAUGUGAGGCGAUGUCAUGGAUAGAACAGCCGCAGAAUUUUGAAGAACUAAAGAACAGCUUUGAUCAAACCAGUCGCUUCGCCCGUUUAAAAAAAAUUCAUCCACGCAUAGCCGGUCGAGAUCUGCAUCUGCGUUUUGUCGCCACAACUGGUGACGCCAUGGGCAUGAACAUGUUAUCGAAAGGGACAGAGAGAUCUUUGCAGACAUUACAAACUUACUUUCCAGAUAUGGAAAUAAUUUCCCUCAGUGGAAAUCUCUGUACCGACAAGAAGCCCGCGGCUGUCAAUUGGAUUGAGGGAAGGGGUAAGAGUGUGGUGUGCGAAGCGAUCGUACCUGCGAAUAUCGUGAUGUGCGUACUGAAAACUUCAGUCUACGAACUUGUCAAACUCAACAACAAGAAGAAUUUAACCGGUUCAGCCUUAGCAGGCAGUAUAGGCGGCUUCAACGCGCACGCCGCCAAUAUCGUAACCGCGAUUUUCAUUGCUACUGGACAAGAUCCCGCUCAGAAUGUUAGCAGCAGUAAUUGUUUAACAUUGAUGGAACCAUGGGGAAUAGAUGGCAAAGAUCUGCGUAUAACGUGCACAAUGCCCAGCAUAGAAGUCGGAACAGUAGGUGGUGGUACCGGUCUGCCUGCGCAAGGAGCAUGCCUAGCGAUGCUGGGAAUCAAGGGUGCGCAUCCUACAGAACCCGGCCAGAACGCAAGAAAACUUUCUCGAAUCGUUUGCGCCACCGUGCUUGCCGCAGAGCUAUCAUUGAUGGCCGCAUUGGCCUCCGGAGAUUUGGUCAAGAGUCAUUUGAGGCAUAAUAGAUCAUCUGUCCUAAUUAGUAACUCGGUGCAUACUACUCACGAUAGUACAGAUGGCAACAAGCUGACUGUGCCAAACGUUUUGCCAUUCUAAGAUUUUUGUGCAGAUUUUGCGUAAAAGCCUUAGUAUAUAGCAAACAUAUAUUUUUAUCAUUUCUCUAUAAAGCGGCCUGUUGUUUACAUUUCACACCUGUCUCAUUAGUAUUCCAAAGAAACAAUUAGUCAAGUAUGCAUGUUUCUGCUGCAAUGAGAUGUAGGUCGAAUUCUAUAAUGUAUAUAUUCCAUCUGUGUAAAUAUGUAUAUGGAAGAAGUGUUUCGAUGGAGAAGUGUU